AUGUCGUCUAUCACAUCUACUCUCAAGUCUGCCAUUCCAGGAAUGUCUACUAAUGCAAAAAUUGACGAUCUCCAAAAGAACACCGUUGAUGUCCAGCACCAUGAACCAGGUCUGACCACAGACUUUGGGGUGCCUUACCCAGACACCGACAAUUGGCUCAAGGCCACUGACGGCACUAAAGCCGGCCCGUCUCUCCUCGAAGACCAAAUUGCUCGCGAGAAGAUUCACCGUUUUGACCACGAGCGCAUCCCAGAGCGCGUUGUUCAUGCGCGCGGUGCUGGAGCAUUUGGUCACUUCAAGGUCUUUGACGACCGUGCGAGCAAGUUUACCAAGGCUGGCGUUUUGACGGAUGCCUCUCGUGCAACUCCUGUCUUCGUGCGCUUUAGUACGGUUCAAGGCCCUCGUGGUAGUGCAGACACUGUUCGUGACGUUCGAGGCUUCGCCACAAAAUUCUAUACUCAGGAGGGUAAUUGGGACCUUGUCGGGAACGAUAUUCCUGUAUUCUUCAUCCAGGACGCGAUAAAGUUCCCCGACUUUGUUCAUGCCGUUAAGCCAGAGCCGCAUAAUGAAGUACCUACAGGUCAGACAGCACAUAAUAAUUUCUGGGAUUUUUUCAACCUACAGCCUGAGACGUCUCACAUGGUCAUGUGGGCAAUGUCUGACCGAGGUAUUCCUCGUUCCUACCGCAUGAUGCAAGGAUUUGGUGUCAAUACGUUCACUUUGACCAAUGCCGCCGGAGAGAACUUCUUCGUGAAGUUCCAUUGGAUUCCCGAGCUCGGCGUUCAUAGCUUUACUUGGGACGAAGCCCUCAAAUUGUGUGACUUCCACCGGAAAGAUCUCAAUGAAGCAAUAGAGAAUGGCGCUCCUCCAACAUGGACGCUUGGGUUGCAGAUAAUUCCGGAGGCGGACGAAGAUACUUUCGAUUUUGAUAUCUUGGAUGCGACGAAGAUCUGGCCAGAAGAUCUCGUGCCUGUGCAACCAAUUGGCGAAAUGGUGCUUGACCGUACUGUUGAUGAAUACUUCCCGCAGACUGAGCAGGUUGCAUUUUGUACGAGCCAUGUCGUACCCGGCAUUGGCUUUAGCAACGACCCGCUCUUGCAGGGACGAAACUUUUCGUACUUUGAUACGCAAAUUUCGCGUCUUGGUAUCAACUGGGAAGAGCUUCCAAUUAAUCGUCCAGUCUGUCCUGUCAUGAAUUUCAAUAGAGAUGGUGGAAUGAGACACCGCAUCACGAAAGGUCAGGUUAAUUACUGGCCGAACCGUUUCGAGGUAGUCCCACCAGUACCAGAAGCGAAGGGUGGCUUUAAGGAGCACCCACAGAAGGUAGUCGGGGUGAAGAUGCGUGCUCGUGGUGCCAAGUUCGAUGAACAUUGGAAUCAGGCACAACUUUUCUACAAUUCUCUUUCCGAAGUCGAGAAGACGCACCUAAUAAGCGCCAUUUCUUUUGAACUCGACCAUUGUGACGAUCCAACCGUCUACAAGACUGCAAUUCUCCGCCUGAAUGACAUCGACAGUGAGCUCGCGAAGCAGGUCGCAAUUAAUGUGGGUGGUCCUCUCCCAGACAAGCCAGGUCGUCAGAAUCACGGCCGUAGGGCCCCGCGGUUGUCGCAAUUCGAAUUUAUGCCGUCAACGCCGACCAUUAAAUCGCGCCGUAUUGCAAUUCUGGUUGCGGACGGUUUUGAUCUAGCAGUAGUUGACGCGAUGAAAGCGGCACUUAGCGCUGCUGGCGCCCUGCCAUUCCUUAUCGCUCCUCGUAGGGGUGAAAUCUAUCCUGAAGGACAAGCAUUUGGUAAAGGGCAGGGAGUCGUAGCAGACCACCACUUUGAGGGCCAGCGCUCGACUAUGUUCGACGCGCUGUUUAUUCCUGGAGGCGCUGAAUCCGUCAAGACCUUGGCAAGCAAUGGUCGCGCGAUACACUGGGUACUUGAGGCAUUUGGUCAUCUGAAGACAAUUGGAGCAGUUGGAGAAGCCGUUGACUUCCUUCGUGACGCUGUUCGUCUUCCAGGAAUACAGUUCGCCGUACAGUCGGGCGACUCUGUGACCGUCAACUUUGGCGUCGUAACAGCACCGAAGCUUACUGCUCCCUCUUCCAUCUCGGAGGGCUUCAAGAUUUUGAAGGAUGCAACUGAUUUCUUGGGCUCGUUCGCGUAUCAAGUUAGCCAACAUAAGUGCUUCGAGCGUGAGACUGCGGGUCUAGCAAGCAAGGUAGCUUUCUAAUUGUAUGGGUCGUCGCGAAAGAAACGGUGUUACUACUAGUCAUUAUGAAUUUCUGUAUGUGUACGUGUACAUUGUAUGCCAAAAUCUGAA